CUGAUAAGGUCGUAAAAAUAUAAUAUUUAUAUCUAUUAAACUCUUGAUUUUAUAUUGAUAUUUGAUGGUUUAAAGAUAUAUUACGUAAUUUUCUUAUCUAGACACGAGUUACUAUUAUUUAUUUUUAUUGUUUGUAGGAAAGAAAAUAUUGGCAUCAAAUUGCACAUUACGACACGCCAGUUAAGAGAAGCAAAGUUUAUAAGCCCGUUGACUCUCAACUAUUUAAAGCCCAAUGUUGUUUUAUUGUGUAAGCUAUUACAGUUGGGCCUUGAAGUAUAACAAUCUGUCACAUAACAUAUUAGAAAGAGGAGAGCAGCUCAAACUCUUCAUUGUUCUCACUAUUCUUGCGGGUAAGCCAAAGAGUAAAUCCCUUGAGCGAGAUUGAAGGUUAUAAAUUUUUCAAGCAAGAAAAGAUAGAGAUGAAAUCAGAUAAGGAUGAGAGCGUUCGAGAUCAAAGAUUCCCGCUGAUAAGAUUGGGAUGUCGAAUUGGAAGGAGAAGGCAUUUUCAGAUUUGAAGAUUUACGUAUACUUGGGUUGUUUUGGGUACCGAAUCAGAGAGGAGGGAGGCCGAAUUGCAUGCGAGAAGAAGACCAGCAACAGCGAACUCAGGAGGAAGCUGAUUUCGGCGACAGAGGAACCGAGGUGGUUGUAGCUCUCGGUUUGCUACGAUAUUGAUUUGGGUAUUCCGAUCAGCUACUCCGAAACAGAAAAAGGAUCUGAUUUUUAUUUUAGGGAUUUUCUGGGCUACGUUCAGGGCAGCAAAUUGAUGAGCUUCAUCUGAAUUUUGCGAGGUACCUAGCGAGCAGGAGGAUAAGCAAAAACGGACUAGUCGAGGUGACUCGGUUCAGCUUGUGUCUACUCUGAUUCUCAUUAGAAGAUUUGCUUUAAACACAUUCGUGGAGUUCUCUGCCUAAGGUGACUUCAAGCCAAUUUUUAUAUACCAAGCUUCAUAUUCUAAGGUACCGUCUAAACCCUUUGUUAUUAUUUUUUUUCCUUUUAUUUUCCGGCUGUGCAUAUAGAGUUAGGAUAUGGACUCCACCAAUAUAAACACGGCACAGCCUACGACAGUGGUCAGCCGGUCACCAGGGACGACUGAGUCUAGGACUGGGAAUGUCGUCUGGGGUGCUUGGGAUAACCUUCACCUUCUUCGAAUCCGACCGUUUCUGUUCAUGUGCAGGACAGAAUGGCCCGGACUAGAUGGACGGAAAUAGAUCCUGAUUACAAGUCCGAUGAUGCAGCCGUUGAUCCGGCUGACCCUUUAAAUGAAGAGCAGACGGCGGAACCGUCUGAGAGAGUUCCAAACGAGGAUACUCCGCAAGACUCCCUGGGUGUACCUAGCACCCCGGGUAUACCUAGCACCCCGGGUAAUAGCAUUUUGGGUAGUUCUGGCUCUAAUGCCGAAGAGUCCGGUGAGGGAUCCGGUGAGGGAUCGCAUGAUGAAGAGUCCGGCUCUGACGAAGAGUCUUCUAAAAAGGCUGCCCCUAUUGAUGAGGAAGCCUAUAAAUGGCCGGCUAAGGGGGAUCCAACCGAUAUGACUAUGUCCGCCAGGGAUGUGGUCACUUUAAACGCCACUCUUCCUGCUUUCUUAAAGAAGAAGUCGGUUGGGGAGAAAUGGGAAGUGGUUGUACCGCCUGUAGAGGCAAGCGUCGUUUGGACCGACGACGUGGACAACGCCGACAAUUACUUUGGCUGUUACGAGGCCGCAUUCACAGCCGGCCUCCGGUUCCCCCUCCAUCACUGCGUAAAAGCCAUACUAAGGGGGUAUGACUUGGGUGUAUGGCAGUUGACCCCCAAUUCAUGGGUCAACAUUCUUGGAUACAUUGCCGCCUGCGAGUUGCAGGAUGUUAGGCCAAGCUGGGAAGCUUUUGCGCACAUGCACUAUCUCAGUAGAGCGCCAGGUGGGUGUAAUGCGUGGUAUACUUUAACUAUGGUCCCGGAAUUUAUGAUGACUUUGGACAAGCCGUCCAAAUGGAGUAACUGGAAGAGCAAGUUUUAUGUCGUCUUUUCCCCAUCCCCCCAACUUAACCACCGGCUGCGUAGAUACAAUAAGCAUCCAGCUUUGCUGGGUAGGAAAUGUGCUCUCCCAAAAGUGCAAGCUGAGGCUUGGGACCAGAUAAUGGACAAAGUCCUCUUUCUUAAGACAACAGCCCGGCUGGAUGAUGGGAGUGAAAUUAUAGUCCCCCAAUUAUGGGUUCUCCAUCCGGAUUGGUUUAAGGACGAGUGUUUCUUGUCUCUUUGUAAUCUUAGCACUAUGUUUACUAAGGGUAGGUUGCCACAUGACCGAAUAUUUACCGGAUGCAUAUGUUUAUCAGAUUUUUAACCCAGUAUUUGUCCUCUUUGCCGAAGUAGAUAAAGGAAUGGUGCCUUCGGAGAAGAAACCUACUAUAUCUGCCCUUCUUCUAAGGAAGAAGCAGAUUGAAGAGAAGAAGGCGGCACUGGCCGCCAAGAAUGUCGGGGUAGUCUGCGUUUCCUUAGCCAUUUUUCUUUGCAUUGUUACUUUCUUUGCCAGAUGUAUUACACUUAAAUGAUUUCUUAACCGGAUGUAUUAUACUUGACUGCUUUCAGGCCGGGAGCCAAGUCAUUCCUCGCUCUUUAGCGAGUAUGCACAAAAGACCGGCUGGAAACAUACCUCAGCCGGCUUCUAAGGCACCAAAAGUGGCUGCCCCGGCUGCUUCUGGCCUACUACAGCAGGGAAGAGCCUGCAAUCAAUUCCCCACUUCGAAAUGGUGGUGGAAGAAAUAAGACUCUUACCCGAUCUGAAAAAGAGGUUGUGCCGGCUGUGCACACGAUCAAUAUUGACAGAAUCACUUCUCUCCUUGCUGAGGUAAUUAAACCGGAUGACCUAUGCUUGAGCAAUGAUCUUCAUUUACCGGAUGCAAAUGUUUUGUCCUUAUUUUUCUAACACUCUUCUCGCUGUGCUGGCUGUGCACACGGUCAAUAUUGACCGAAUCACUUCUCUCCUUGCUGAGGUAAUUAAACCGGAUAACAUAUGCUUGAGCAAUGAACUUUAUUUACCGGAUGCAAAUGUUUUGUCCUUAUUUUUCUAACACUCUUCUCGGUUAAUAUCACAGGUGAUGCUUAGAGUGGAUGGGAUUAAUGUCCCCUUGCGCAAAUAGCAGGAGGAGGUAAGAGACGCUCAGAGACGUGCAUCUGAGCUUAUUGACGUCUGCCAAUCCAAUGCUCUUUCAUUUGACUUUGAAACUAAACAAAAGGCGUUAGAACAGGAGGAAGCACUAAGACAAGCAGUUGCGGCUGGGGAGGCUGCAAUGAAGAGAGUUGAUGAGCUUGAGUUGAAGGUCAAAGACCUUCAAACAGAUCUUAAAGCUCUGGAAAAUGCUGAUAAAGAAAAUGUUGAUCUUCGCAAGGACGUCAGCCGGCUGAAGGGUGAGCUUUCUUUGAAUCAGGCGGCUCAUAAAGAAAAGCUGGAAAAGGAGCAAGUCCGCCUGAUAAAAGAGAACGAGGCCGACUGCGAGGAGCGCAUGAAGCUGGCUUGGAGUCUCAUUCAUCCGGACUAUGAGUUCGAGUACUUCAAUCUCCGGUACCUGUAUGCUUCUCAAGUAUACAAGGCUAAGGUACUCGGUUCUGACCCUCCUCCCCUUUUUGAGGAGUGGGUCGAACGGAAUACGGAGAGCCAGCCGGAUGAGGUGCAUCAGGAGACCCAGACUAAAAACCAGCCUGGAAAAACUGUUGUGUAGUCGGCUUAAAUUCAAACAGCGCAAACUCAGCAGCCGGAGGAUCAGCAACCUCAGUAGCAAUCUCAGCAGCAACAACAAUCAUAAACCAUCUUCUGUUAUUAUAAACAAUCUUCUUUUACCGGCCUGCGAGCCGUGUAGGUAUCUGUACUUUUCCCGGACAUGGGUCCGGUUAACAUUCAUUAAUUCUAAUCUAUUAACCAACUCAGUCGAUUUUUCCUUUUACAUAUACUUGCAUCAGUUAAUGUUUUGCACUAUUUCUACAAGUAUUUUUGUUCUCAUUUCGGCUGAUACAACGGAACGCAAAUAGAAUGGCUGUUUGUUUAUUCCAACGAUAAACAAGCAGUCGUCCUAUUGUCUGCCGGAUAAGGCAUCAAACUAUACAUCUAUCUCAUACCAGCUAAUACAACAAAACAAAAAAAAUAGAAUGGUUGUUUAUCUAUCAACGGUAAACCGUCUAGGUAUCCUUUGGAUAAGGCCCGGUUUUCCUAACCCAUAUUUAUUUAACGUGAGAUUUUAUACUUGAAGUAACAUCAUUCUUUUUAAAUGUGUUUAUCCGAAAUACCUAGCCGUGUGCAAUGCUUUGCUGCAAAAACCGGUUGGUGUGUUUACUAGGAUUUUGAUUUUUGCCGCAUGGACCACUUUUUGGUAUAUGCCGGCUGAAUCCUCGGUGCAAUUGAUCAUUUUGAACGGUUGUUUGUUACCUACAAUGAUGUGUCAGUAAUGUCGUUCGAGUCUUAUGACCGCCAGAACAGUGUAUCACCCGGAAGGGAGUUGUUCUCUUCGACAAUUUCACCCGGAUAGGUGUCGCCGGAUGACUGCUCUUUUUGGAGCAGUGAUUUUUUAUAAGUGUUCUUCCAUCUUUGUUUUUGCACUAGACAGGUGCUAAUACAAUUUGGAUGAAUGGAAAUUAUAUACUUUCACAUUUCAAUACAAUUUUCAAAAAUUACAAAUUCCUCAGUAGUAGCACUUUUUCAAGUUAUCUACGUUCCAGGUACAAGGCAGCUACAUUCCGUCUGGGAUUUCCAGGCGGUAAGUGCCGUUUCUAACUUCUCCAAAAAUCCGGUAGGGUCCUUCCCAAUUGGGAGUUAACUUCCCUUGCUCAUUCGCCCUACCGGUUGCUUCAAGCUUACGCAGUACAAAAUCUCCUACUUUAAGGGGUCUUUUGCGCACCCUUUUAUUGUAAGCUCUCAUCAUUCUCAGACGGUAGAUCUCAUGACAUAAGACGGCAUUGCCCCUUUUUUCAGGAAGAGAAUCUAAAGCCAGACGCAUGGCCUCCCAAUUUGCGUCUUCGUCAUAUAGCAUGAUUCGAAGUGUUGGUUCAUACAAUUC